AUGGGGAACGAAGGCCAACACGAACAAAAUGGACAUUUACGGAGUCGCGAUCCAAACAAGUUGCUGAACCGCCUAGAGCACUGGACAUGGGCCAAUUACACCUUUCCCAUGUCGACCGGCGGCCUGAGCCUGCUUUUGUCGGAAAAGACCCAAGCCUUCAACUUUCGAGGUUUGCAGACGAUCGGCAAGGUCGUUUACAUAUACGACCUUGUCAUCUUCACUCUCGUCACAGCCGCCAUGAUUUACCGGUUUACAAAGUUUCGCGGCACGCUCAAGGCUUCCAUCACUCAUCCAACCGAGGGACUGUUCCUGGGCACGUCGGCUCUGAGCCUGGCGUCCAUCAUUGCGGGCAUAGCUCGUUAUGGCAUUCCCGAAUGUGGCCCCUGGCUCGUUGUGGCGUAUCGCGUGCUGUUUUGGAUCUACUUUGCCGUCACGUUCAUGAUCGCCGUGGGACAGUACUCGCUGCUCUUCACUUCACCGGCACUCAAGAUACAGGACAUGACGCCAGCUUGGGAUCUGCCCAUUUUCCCUUUUAUGCUGUCUGGAACUAUUGCGUCGGUAGGGGCCGCUGACCAGCCACCGGUACACGCCGUUCCCAUGAUAGUCGCCGGGCUUACUGCGCAGGGAUUGGGAAUGAUAAUAUCAAUCCUGAUGUAUGCUUGCUACAUCCACCGGAUGAUCCAAUAUGGCUUUCCGUCGCCUAACUCGCGCUCAGGCAUGUUCAUUGCCGUGGGACCUCCGGCAUUCACCAGUCUGGCCAUCAUUGGCAUGGCAAACGCCUUCCCGACGUCAUACACCUAUUUUGGCGAUGCCGACGUGACGCUGCAGAUUGUGCAGACCCUGGCGACCAUGACGGCCGUCUUCAUCUGGUCGCUCAGCUUUUGGUUUUGGGCCAUAGCCGUUGUGGCAUGUCUGGCCGUCUGCCGCCAAAUGACCUUUUCGCUCAGCUGGUGGGCUUUUGUCUUUCCCAAUGUCGGCUUCACCAUUGCCACCCUGACUAUUGGCAAGCAAUUUGAUAGCCCUGGCGUCGAGUGGGUUGGUACCAUCAUGACCAUACUUCUUGUCGCCCUGUACCUGUUUAUCCUUGUUAACCAUGUUCGCGCAUUUGUCCGAAAGGACAUUGUAUAUGAAGGCAAAGAUGAAGAUGUGUACACCAACGAGAUUCAUCAUACGUAUGGCAAAAAGGAGUGGAGGGCAGAAGGUGAUUCAGAAGAACAGCUCAAGCAGGCUUGA